GGAAACCGUCACGGAGUGGGACUAGUGUUACUAGCCGUCACUGCAGGUAGGAAGGCAAGAUGAAGACUGCCUGUAAAUCCGGACGACUUCCCAAAUAACACACAUUGAUCUGUGGGGUGAGGCUGGCUCCUAGCAUGACCGUGGAAGACGGCGAGGCAGGGCAGGUCGCCAACGGCGACCACACCUGCCCGCUGCACACCCCUCUGACGCUGGAGGAGUGGGGGCGCGAGGAGGAGCCGUGUAGCGCCCAGGUGCGCCGCCGCGCCAAGAAGCUCUGCACCUGCAGCACGGCCCGUGCCAAGGCCCUGCUCCUCGACUCAGUGCCCAUCCUCAGGUGGUUGCCACGGUACCGCCUGCGGGAGUGGCUUUUGGGGGACAUGAUGUCGGGGGUGAUCGUGGGCAUCCUGCUGGUGCCCCAGUCCAUCGCGUACUCGCUGCUGGCCGGGCAGGACCCCAUCUACGGCCUCUACACGUCCUUCUUCUCCAGCAUCAUCUAUGCCCUGCUGGGCAGCUCGCGCCACAUCUCCGUGGGCAUUUUCGGGGUGCUGUGCCUGCUGGUGGGGCAGGUGGUGGACCGGGAGGUGGCGCUGGCGGGGUACCCCCCGGAGAACAGCGUCAAUCUGACCGCCGCCGCGACAAUGGAGAACAGCACCAUGGGAGUUGUGUGCGACCGCAGCUGCUACGCCAUUCUAGUGGGGGCAACGGUCACGUUCACUGCCGGGGUCUACCAGGUGCUGAUGGGGCUGCUGCAGGUGGGCUUCGUCUCCGUCUUCCUGUCCGACUCCCUGCUGAGCGGCUUCGCCACGGGAGCCUCCCUCACCAUCCUCACCUCCCAGCUCAAGUAUCUGCUGGGUCUUAAGCUCCCCCGGCCACAGGGCUGGGGCUCCCUCAUCAAGACCUGGGUGGGUCUGCUCAGCAACCUGGGCAACACCAACGUGUGCGACCUGGUGACCAGCCUGGUGUGCAUAGCGGUGCUCGUGCCCACCAAGGAGCUCAACGACCGCUUCAAGGCCAAGCUGCGGGCGCCCAUCCCCUUCGAGCUGUUCGUGGUGAUCGCCGCCACGCUGGCGUCGCACUUCGGCGGUUUCCGCGAGCGCUACGGCUCGGAGGUGGCGGGCGCCAUCCCCACGGGCUUCCUGCCGCCGCAGCUGCCCGCCUGGCACCUCAUCCCCAACGUGGCGGUGGACGCCUUCUCCAUCGCGCUGGUCGGCUUCGCCAUCACCGUCUCGCUCUCCGAGAUGUUCGCCAAGAAGCACGGCUACACGGUGGACGCCAACCAGGAGAUGUACGCCAUCGGCUUCUGCAACAUCCUGCCCUCGUUCUUCCGCUGCUUCACCACCAGCGCGGCGCUGACCAAGACCCUGGUGAAGGAGUCGACGGGCUGCCAGACCCAGCUGUCCGCGCUGGUCUCGGCUCUGGUGCUGCUGCUGGUCCUGCUCCUCAUCGCCCCUCUCUUCUACUCCCUGCAGAAGUGUGUGCUGGCUGUCAUUAUCGUGGUGAACCUCCGGGGGGCGCUGAGGAAGUUCCUUGACAUCCCGCGCAUGUGGCGGGCCAACCGCGUGGAUGCGUUCAUAUGGCUCGUCACCAUGGCGACCUCCGCCCUGGUCAACACCGAGCUGGGCCUGCUGGUGGGCAUCCUGGUGUCGGCCUUCUGCGUCCUGGGCCGCACGCAGCGUGCCAGCGCCGUGCCCCUGGGCAUGACCGCCGGCGGCGAGCUCUACGAGGACAUGGGCCAGUACCGGGGCCUGCGCACGCAGCCCGGCGUGGCCGUGUUCCGCUACGAGGCGCCCGUCUACUACGCCAACCAGGCGCUCUUCAAGCGGGCGCUGUACCGCGCCGUGGGCCUCGACCCGGUCCGGGAGAAGGCCCGGCGCCGCAAGCAGGAGAAGCGCCGCAGGAAGCUGGAGAGCGACGAGGCCGCGGCGGCGUUCACGGCGACCGGGGUCCAACGGGGGUCCGAGAAAGACGAGAAGGACGGCGGCGGCGGCGGCGGGCGCUCGGCGGCUCACGAGUCGUCGCCGGCGGAGGUGAAGGUGACGGGCGGCGAGGCCAUCCUGCCGCAGCACGCGGGCUUUCACAGCCUGGUGCUGGACUGCAGCGCCGUGCUCUUCCUGGACUCGGCCGGCGUGGGCGCGCUCAAGGAGGUGCGCAAGGACUACGCCGAGGUGGGCGUGCGUCUGCUGCUGGCGCGGUGCCGCGCCUCCGUCACGGAGUCGCUGGAGAGGGGCGGGUACUACGAAGAGAAGGGGGCGCGCGCCAAGGUGGUGUUCUUCACCAUCGCCGACGCAGUGCUCUAUGCACAAAGCCUCUCCGCUCAGAAUGGAGACUGUUGAAUCUUAUCUUAUAAGGGAUACUUGCAUAUGUAUGUAUUUACAUAAUGUGUGUGUAUGUGUGUGUGUGUGUGUGUGUGUGUGUGUGUGUGUGUGUACGUGUAUGUGGAUGUACAUGUAUGUGGAUGUACAUGUGUGUGGAUGUACAUGUUUGGUGCCUUCCAACACACAAGUGCCUUAAAAUGAACGUUGGAAAUUUCUCCAUAGACCAAUACCUGCCUCAAAUGCAGUAAUGUAUGCGUUUGUACAGCUUUACCGGUAAUAUAAUGCCACAGCUUUAUAUAGAUAUAUAAAUAUGUAGAUUUUGGAGCAGUCAUAUCAUAGCAGUUUAUGUGAAAUGCUGUAAACUCAAACUCCAAAAUGAUCUAACUCCAAUGCCUGCCCUGAGUGGUUUAGCAACACUAACAACCCUCAGAGCCCAAAGAGGAUCCUGAAGGUUAAAGUCCACUCUACAAAGAUCGGGCUACUCUAGUGCCUUUGGGAAAAUUUUUCAGGUUCCUUUUUUAUUAUUAUUAUAUAUAUUUUUUAUCAUCUGUUUUGCUCUUUUUACCAUCCAUCCACCAGCAGACCUCUAUUCAGCUUUUACGUUCAUCCUAUCAGAAAUCAACAUUUACAGAGAUGUAGCCAGUCGAUUCCUUUCAUUGAACUCAUAUUAAUGAUGUGUCAUAGAGGCGUUUUAUGUUUUUAAUUUUCCUAAAUUCAGGAAAAAGAAGUGUGUUACUUGUGAACAAAACCUAGCAGAUUGAGUCUAAUGAUUCUUAUUUAUUCUCUCCAUUGAUGUUUACUGUUGACAAACAGUUUUUUUUUUUCUCUUACCCUUUAGUUUGCUACCAUAGUCCUAAUAUUACUGACUGUACCCUCUCAGCCCAGACCAUAGGCUCUGCCUCCCCAGCGUGUCUCAGGGUUGUGUGGGUGCAGAUAGGGUUAAAUCAAGGAUCUUUGGUGGGUGAGUGGAGGAGAGAGGCGUGGCCAUACUCUUUCACCCAGAUAACCUUGGAAAAACAGAAUGUUUACUGAAGCCAUAACAAUGCUCCGCUCCGGAGUGUACCUACCUAAGCACCCAGCGUGCCAGCCAGCCAGGUCACCCUGACUGAACGAACAAGACAAUCUCUCUACAUCUCCGCUAAUAUAUGCACGUCACAAUAUAUAUGGCGUGAAUGUGACUGAUAUGAUAUUGUGGAAAAGGCCUGAAAAGGUGUUGGAAGGAAAUGUGCAGUAAUAGCUUUAAGCCAAAAUCUCAGCACUCCCUCAUUUCAGUCUCGUUAAGACGGUGCUGUGUGUCGACAGCAUCUCAGUGGCCAUGUCAUCACAUAGCAGUGUACUACACAUGCCCUGUCACUCUGAAUGGUGACGGUUACAUCCCAACAUCUAAGCGCGCCUGUGUGUGUGUGACAGAGAGAGGGGGGGUGAUAUUUGUGUGCUGAUGAUAUUUUAGUACCAGAUAACAGGUGAGAGGACUCAUCGUUUUCAUCACAAGUGCAAUGUGAUACUGAAUGUAAGAAGCUGCGUGCAGCUUUGUGCUUUUUAGGUCAUUGAGUAGGAUGGAGUCCCCUUUAAGCCCAAUGGGGAAAUUAAAGAGAUUAUUGCCAUUGUUGUUUAGGCUUGUUUACAGAGCUUCAGAAGUUCAUUGAAUGGAGCUGAAAUGGGUUUAUUUAUGGGAGGUAAAGUAGGAGGAUCAGAAGUCCAGUUUCUUUGGACUAGAUGUGCCUUGCAAUUCAGGGAACAUCCUUGAGAGAAUUUGGCGUUGUGGUGUGUGGUGGAGUCAAAUUGUUCAUGAACUGGAAUUUAAAUUCUCUGAACUAAUCCAAUAUCUUGGGAAUGUCUUAAUGUCUUACUGCGGCAUUUAUUCCAGAAGGAAAAUGCGGCUAAACUGUGCUCUUGUCAGGUUUCUGGCAGGUUUGGAAAGAAAGCUAGCAGCCGUUGCAGGGAUUUUGCCAUAAUCCUCUAGUCCUGUCAGUGAAACAGUCUGAGUCUGUUAAAUAGACUUCUUUCUCUGGACCUUCUUACCCUUGGAAUUGUAGUGAACUAUACUGAUUAGCAAGCGUGUGUGUGUGUGUGUGUGUGUGUGUGUGUGUGUGUGUGUGUGUGUGUGUGUGUGUGUGUGUGUGUGUGUGUGUGUGUGUGUGUGUGUGUGUGUGUGUGUGUGUGUGUGUGUGUGUGUGUGUGUGUGUGUGUGUGUGUGUGUGUGUGUGUGUGUGUGUGUGUGUGUGUGUGUGUGUGUGUGUGUGUGUGUGUGUGUGUUGGCGGCAAUCAUUCAGAGGGCAUUUCAUUCCGUAAAAUGAGUUUGUGGAAGGAAAUGCAUUGGAGUAAAAUUGGUGAACUCCUAAAAGCUGCAAACACACACACACCUCCAAAGGCACCACAUUGAACUCCACCCAGUCUAAUUAUAAGUGAAUCAGCAAUCCUACCAAGUACAGUAUAAUACCAUACCCCUGUCGAUCAAGCUCCUAUUCUGUCAUUUGCAUGUGAUUUGUUCUGUGCUUUGAACCUCACCCACGGAAUCCAACGACGAGUGUAUUGCUGAUGGUGACAUGACAUUUAUGUGAUUGAUACAGCUGAUAUAGCCCUGUCUCAAACGGUCCAAAUCACACGUAUCAUGAUGACCACACAGCUCUUAGCUCAGGGACCUCACAACUUUUGCAACACUCCAGUCAGUUACCGCUCAUUCACUCCUAGAGUAAUGAUCUUUUACAUCUUGGGCGUGUGCUUGGGCGUGUGUGUUCCCCCUUUAGCCACAAGGGGGGGUGACAAAUUAGCAUGGGCGACAGUUUCUGACAAAAUGUUUUAGAUGGGCUGUGUUCUAUAAGUGCAGGGCGCUUGUUAUACCAAACACACGUUAUGCAAACUUUUACAAGUAACUAUUUGCCCUAAAAGUGCUACUUAAAAGGUCAGUUAUUGUAGUGUUGAUCGAUACAUGGGCUGGGAAACUGGAUGUAGGGUUUUGUUACUGGUUUUGUAGUUAGAUAUAUAUAUUUUUUAAAUUAUAUUUUCAAACAUUAGCCAUGUGUAGAUAUAUUUUAUAAUCACAGGGAUGUGGAUGAUCUUGCAUUAUUAUGAAGACAUUUUGUUGUCUAGUUUUCUUUCUGUGUUUCCGUCAGUGAAAUACCAAAAAGGUUAUGUCUUAAAUUCAUUCUCCAUUGAAAAGCUAAAUAAUAAAUAAUAAUGAUGAGCAA